AUGACCCUGAGCACGGAGAUGUCCGAUGCCUCCGGCCUCGCGGAGGAGACAGACAUCGACGUGGUGGGGGAGGGCGAGGACGAAGACGACGAGGAAGAGGAGGACGACGACGAGGGCGGCGGUGGCGGGCCCCGGAGGGCUGGCCCCGCGCAGCAGCAGCGGCGGCGGCGGCGGCGGCGGCGCUCGUACGCCGGGGAGGACGAGCUGGAGGAUCUGGAGGAGGAGGAGGACGACGAUGACAUCCUGCUGGCGCCGCGAGCAGGGGGCUCCCCGGUCCCCCCAGGUCCAGCUCCCGCGGCGGGGGCCGGAGCCGGAGGGGGCGGCAGCGCGGGCGCGGGCGCAGGAGGCGGCGGCAGCGGCGGGAGCGCGGGCGGAGGAGCCAAGAACCCGCUGGUGAAGCCGCCCUACUCGUACAUCGCGCUCAUCACCAUGGCCAUCCUGCAGAGCCCCAAGAAGCGCCUGACGCUGAGCGAGAUCUGCGAGUUCAUCAGCGACCGCUUCCCCUACUACCGGGCGAAGUUCCCCGCCUGGCAGAACAGCAUCCGCCACAACCUCUCGCUCAACGACUGCUUCGUCAAGAUCCCCCGCGAGCCGGGCAACCCGGGCAAGGGCAACUAC